UUCUUGCUUCAGCCUCCUGUAGCAUGCUACCCACAUCCGAGGGGCAGUGGGCCAAGAGGUGGUUGCAGCGGCAUGAGUUGGGGAGGUUACGGUGGUGAGUAUGGCGACUAUGGCGAUUAUGGCGGCUAUGGUGGCUAUGGAGGAGGUUAUGAUGAAGGAUGGGGCAGCUCAAGUGCCAGUGGAGGAGGCUGGGGCCAGUGGUCUGGGGGCAAAGGUGAUGGGGCAGGAGUGUGGCCCGGUGCCGGUGGUCAGCCCAUGGCACAGGGACAAAUGAUCCCUCCACCCCCAGCAGCAUCCUUUGCAAAAAGCUCUGGUGUCCCUCCGGGAUUUGGUGGCCCUGCAACGGGGCAGCCCUUCCUGGGCAAGGCUGCCGUGGUCACGCCGCCGCCAGCGGUACUGCCUAGGUCAGAUCCUUGGCAGGCUGGCCCUCUAGCCGUUGGCGAGGUCCCCAGCGACGCCCUGGUUCCGGCCGGUGGCAGCGGGCCCAGUGGCCCCAGUGGCCCCAGUGGCCCCAGCCCUGCCGCUAUGGCCUCCAGUUUGCUGGGCCUAGGUGGAGCUGGUUCUGCAGAUGCCCCGGCGAUCCCGGUCCCACAGCCUCCAGGCGGCUACCAGGAGGCACCAGCUGUCGUGUCCACUGCUUCUCUGGAAGAACAACUGCAGGAGCAAGCGAAAGCUGCGAUUAUGAAGUUGCAGGGUAUUGAUGAGGAUGAACCACCAGGUGUUUCUCAACAAGUCUUUGAGGAUCAGCUCAGUGAGUUUAAACAACGUUUUGGCUUAGAUGAUCGCGUCUUCAAUGAGCUGCGAGAUGUCAUGUCGCGACGACGUACCACGUUCCUGCAGGACAUUCAGACGUUAUUUCAGCAACUGCAACAUGCUCGACAUCCGCCUGGACUCUUGCUGGUAAAGCUUCGAGAAAUCAAGCAGCACACACCACCGCCCCAGAGGAGUUCGGAGAUGUGUGGCGACUUCCAGCGAGGCUUCUGUUCUCGAGGCGACAACUGCCGUUUCGCUCACGAGAAGGCGCAACCACGUCCUUCAGAUCAACCUCCUCCAGAUGCUGCUGUCAUGCAAGGGGAGAUCAUGUCAUUGGUCACCAAGUUCAACCUGGACGACAGGAUCCGAGUGAGAUUGAGCGAAGUCCUCACUCGACGUGCGACGAGUUUUUGGGACGACAUGGCGACACUUCGAGACAUCAUGGCGACUGCGCGAAACCCGCCCGGAUUGCUUUCAGUGAAACUGACAGAGAUGGAGCAGGGGCGUUUUGUUGCCCGAGGCGGGACCAUUGGACCUGCAACUGGUAUUGUGGACAAGGUCAACGCUGUUCGGAAUCAGUCCAUGGAGAUGUGUGGCGACUUCCGACGAGGUGUUUGCAGUCGUGGUGAUCGCUGCAAAUUUUCCCAUGGCAAUCCGGCGCCGCCGGGCGGACCGCCCUCCAGCGUCAUGGCGGCGUUAGCAGAGAAAGCAGGCAUAGCGCCCUCUGUUCCGGGGCUGCCCGGGGUGGCUCCGGGAGCAGGAAUGACUCCUGCCAGUCAACCUGGGGUGCCUGGUGGCUUUUCAGCUGGCUCCAGAUUUUCGGAAACCCCACCAACUCCUCUUGGGUUCUCCGACACUGCAGGUGGACCCAUGACUUCGCGCGCAGAGAGCCUGCUGGGCAGGUCGAAGAAGAAGUCCAGCAGCUCCAGUGAAAGUCAGGCGAAGAAGAGGAAAACCAGUAGAUCUGAAAGCAAGAGAAAGUCCAGGAGCCGCCGCGACCGAAGUCGAGGUCGACGCAGCCGUGACCGGAGCCGCGACCGGCGGGUGGAUCGUCGUGACGAUCGUCGCGACGACCGUCGGGACGAGCGCCGUGACCGGCGCGAUGACCGGCGCGAUGACCGUCGGGACCGGCGGGACGACCGCGAUCAACGGGAUGACCGUGAUCGCAGCCGCGACCGUAGGGAUCGGGACCGCAACGAUCGGGACCGCGACCGAGGGGACCGGGAUCGGAGGGAUCGUGACCGUGAUCGGUCCAAAAGCAGAGAUAGAAGUCGACACAAAGAAGACCGUGAUCGUGACAAAGGUCGCGAAGAUGGAAAGGACCGAGAUGCGUCUCCUUCCGAAAAGAGAGCGUCCAAAGAAGACAAGGCCGAGAAGGCUGAGGAUGACCAGGCUGCCGCGGCCAUGUCCCAACUGCAGCGAGAUAUCCAGCAGCAACUGGAGGAUGAGCAGCAGAAGAGGAUGGACAAGCAGCGGGAGUUAGAGCUGCAGCUGGAAAGAGAACUCGAGGCGCAUGUUGCUGAGGAGCAAAAAAGCCUGGACGAGCAAGAGCAAGCGAAGCUCGAGGAGGAAGAGGAGGAACGAAAACAGAAAGAGAAGAAGCGUCAGGCCAAAGAGGCCAAGUCGAGCAAGGACACCAAACAGAAGGCCGAAAAGGCGGACAAAGCCAAGAAAGACAUGAAGGAGGAGAAGAUGGACAAGAUGGACAAGAUGGACAAGGCCAAAUCAAAGGAACCCAAGGAGCUCAAGGAGCCCAAGGAGUCCAAAUCGAAGGAAGAGAAAAGCCGUGAGAAGGAGAAGGAGGCCAAGGCUAAAGAGCAAGAGAAGAGCAAGAAGGAAAAGGAGAUUGCGAAGGAGAAACAGAAGGAGCAGGAAAAGGCAAAGCAAAAGGAGAAUGCGAAGGAUAAGCAAAAAGACAAGACGAAGGAGAAGGAGAAGGAGAAAGGGAGAGAGAAGGAUGAUCGAAAGAAGCGAUCCAGGUCGGCUUCCGUCGACAGCGAUGAGCUGAAGGCGAGGGAAAAGAAAGCAAAACUGAAAGCUAGGGCUUAGCUCGGCAGAACCUGGCACGGCUGAGACGAGUCAGCGCCAAAAAA